AUGGAGAAGUUGACUGAUGAAUUGGCCAGUUCUUUGAUAAAUGACUUGAAACUUGAUGGAGAUUUGGACUGUAUGCUCCCAGAUUAUCCUUUUCGUGGCAUUAACCAUGAAUUCGUGUUAAUGAUUGACAAGAUGUUAAUGCCUGAGUGUGAUACAGCGGACCAGAAUCAUGCUAAGAAAUCAUGGAUAACGUGUGCUGCGACAGAGGCUGCUUAUGUGUACAAGUCUGUUGGUGAGAGUGUAUCCCAGCCAUUACGCGUAUGGUUAAGCAAUGCAGCGAGUGCAGUGAUUCUCCAUGGACUUCUUGGAGAGCUGACUGCUUCAACACAAGAGGAUUCAGACAAAAAUCGAACAAAUGAGAAUAUAUCACUACCCGACACAGUUGUAGAUGAUCGUUGUGAUGGUUAUUGGUAUUAUGGUAGUUGGACGGUGGAGAAUGUGGCGAGUAGCUCCGAGAUGAGAGAUGUGUUGAAAGCUGAGAUGGCGAAUGCAUGUGUCUUGGUGAUGAAAGCCUCUGUGGUGAAUUACUUUGAGGAGAAUCGGUACACACCGAGUGGCUUCAGGAAGGAUAGUUAUGCGUGUAGAGUACUUGGAAGUGGUAUGAUGGAGAAAUAUGGUCUGACAGAUGAGUCGGAUAAUACGAAGGCAAUGCUGAUCACUGGUCAUUAG